AACCAAACGUUCUCACAAGCCGGCAGCAGUAGCAGCACUGCACGAUAGUUCCACUAAAAACCACGUGCAUACCAACUUACAUUCAUCCAAGUUGUAACUGGCACUGUUGUUCAUUCGCGCGACAGACGCGCCCACAGAUGGAUGUUCGUUUAGAAAAGAAAAAUUAAUAUUUCUUAUUUUGUGUAUUAAAAAAAACAAGUGUUAAAAAAAAGUGAUUUGUUUUUUUUUUUCUUGGGCGGGAAUUGGAAAUAUUUUUUUCAAAAAUUAUUUCUUUUAAGGGUGUAAGUUGAGAAAAAAAAAUUUUUUUUUCAUUCAACAUUUUUGCCGGCCCUGAAAAGUGCUGAUUGCGCGAGUGUCGGCAUCGAUCGGCGCGACUUAUGUUUCUUUCAGUGAGUGUACAGUAUUCAGUGCGCGCUUACGGAUUCACUAUAUAGGGAACCACCCCCUUAAUUCAGGAAUUACUUUCCAACCCACCCCACUUUCUCUCUCUCUCUCUUUCUUCACCCAGAGUUUCUCAACAGCCUGUUGAUCAAUUCUUGCACGAAAAAUCUAGUCUUGUGUGUUUUGAAUUUUUUUUUUUCCACUGAAUCGUUGCUUCUGCAUUUCUCUGAGGAAGAACCUUUCAAGGCCUACAACCGGUAUCUUAUAGAAAUUCCACUGGAUCAAGAGGCUUUAAUACCGUUUUUUUAUUCUCUCUCAACAGGAUUUUCUUGGAGAAAUCUUAACAUGAGUGAAUUUUGAGAGUUUCUUUUUUGAACUCUCGGAAUUGGGUCUGAUUUAUAUAUAUUGGUGCGGAGUGGAAAAGGAUACAAGGGGAGGAUCAUGGAAUUUUACGACGUGGGAAGUAGCGACUUAAGGGAGCUAUGGGAUACCUAUCUAGUAGAACCGGCUCUGGGUAACGAUGCGCUGAUGGGUAUGAGGGAGGAUGAAUGGGGUGUAUUAUGCUCAAAAGAUAGAACAUCGAUGGGCGUUGUUCUAAGGGACCGGCUAAUGACGGACGCCGCACUUGGUGGUUCAAAGCCAAUAAAAACUGAACACAGUUACAGUCUUCUUGCAUGUAGUCCACCACCAAGUCCAGAAUCUCCAAGUGAUGUCAGCCCCCACACUCCACACAGUCUGGACAGCCCCAAUUCAGCUAUCUCUGCUGGCUCGACAACCGUUAUUUCCUGUUCUAGUAAUACCACUGUCCAAACUCACAAAACCAUGGAAUUGCGAAGUCGAAUUCACGUUGUAGAUAUGGAAGAAGAGUGUUUUCCAGCCAUUUCAAUGAAGACGGCGUCGAGUCGAGAAUCGUUGUCUUCAUCGCCAACGUCGACGUCGCCAAGUAUUGAUGAUUCGAAAUUAAGUUUAAUAAUCGAAGGUCGCAAUUGCCCGAUAAUUAAAGGCGAACCGGAAAGUCAACCAGGAAGUCCAUGCCAGUCUUCCGAUUUCGUUGAAAAGGAGAAUACAAUUACGAUGGUCGAACCUCACAGACUACAUUUCACGAGGAACAGUCUGUCACAAACUAGUGAGAGCGACGACGACGAAGACGAAAUUUAUCAGAGGAUGGAUCUUGAUGAAUUUGAGGUAACUUGCGCGGAAAGUGGAGAAACAUUUAGCGCUUCCCGACAAGCAUUACCGCCAACACCGCCAAGUAGCGCGAGUUCCGACAGCGAAGGAACAGCUUCCGCUUCCUGUUCACCGGAGCGUCGAGAGCCACAAAGUUCCACACACGUUCAAAAUCUUCGAGGUCUUCUAACUCCAAGGCUUUAUGUCAGCAAUGGAAUUCACACGCACACAACCACCAGGCAACCAAUACACACGCCACUCAUUUCCUGUCAGCCGAAAGGAUCGACUGGAAUUUUAACACUAACGGAAGAAGAGAAGAGGACAUUAAUAGCAGAAGGUUAUCCUGUACCAACGAAACUACCUCUCACGAAACAGGAGGAAAAGUCUCUCAAGAAAGUCAGAAGGAAAAUAAAAAACAAAAUAUCAGCUCAAGAAUCGCGUAGAAAGAAGAAAGAAUAUAUGGAUGGUCUAGAGAGGAGAGUAACAGUUUUAACAAAUGAGAAUUCCUCCUACAGAGACAGACUGAACGUCCUUGAGGAUUCAAAUCGCGAAUUAUUACAAGAAUUACAACGCCUUCAAACACUAUUGCAAAUGCAGGCUUCUUCCUAGUUUUUCUUUUCUUUUCUUUUUUAUUUUCUUUGAUGAAGCAGAGAAAAGAAUCAAUGCGACCUUAAUUACUUUAGUAUUUUUUUUUUUUCAUUCCUCAACGAUGACGAGAUAGAAGAUCAGUAUCUUCCUGCAUAGUCUGACCAACCUACUUAUGUUUGUCGACACGACGCGCCGACGGCCCUAAAACCUCGACUAUUUGCUUUAUUCUUAGUAUCAGUCAUCGUCAUUUUAUAUUAGAGUCAAUUGUAAAAGCAUCCUCAUUAAUAUGAAAUUCCAUGAACACUGGAAAGUCGUAUAUAUAUAUACAUACAAUUGUGUGCAAUAUUUACAAGGAAAAAAAAAACAAUUGCGCUGAGUAGAAGAAAUGUCCAAAGAAUAUGCUUAUUACUGUUAUUUUUCUUUUUAAUUAAUAAUUAAUGAUUAAUCGUAGGCGAUCGAUGUUCUUUUUUUUUUAUUAAUUUUUAAAACACUUGGAGAAAAUUUCUAUCUUUUUUUUUUAAAAAUAAAU